AAAUCUCAUGUAACUAGCUGAUGCCUAUUCAAAUAACAGAGGAAAUCGAUAUUUAACAGGAUUGAGAAGCUAUCAUAAUUUCACGUUGCAUUUAAAUAAUUUGUUUGAGAGGGACUUCUGAUGCUGAUUAAUCUCGGCCACGAAAGAGCAAAAAUAAAGCCGUUUACGGAGCCAUUACUAAGCCGUGCUGCUCUCUGCUGAAUAUACAGGCAACAUGGAUGGAAAGGAAUUUGCUCUGACGAGAUCGUUGAGUGAGUCUGAAUGGCUGUACUGCUCCCGUGGAAUCUAGAUCAAAACUAGCAAACAAACGCUGCAGUUUCUAAGACAUUUGGUGGUUCUAGUUUUUCUUUUAUACUGUAUUUCUGCCCUUUCAGUAAUUGGCACAAGGAAGACUCGGUUUUUUUUUAAAAAAUGGGGAAGGAUGAAUGCAAAACCAUGCUGGAUGCUCUGAACAGAGUAACCGCUUGCUAUAGACAUUUGGUCAUCACUCUCGGGAGCACUUCAGAUUCUCAGAACCUGAGGGAAGAGCUGAAGAAGACUCGCAAAAAAGCCCAGGAGCUGGCCGUGGCCAACAGGACGAAACUGACGGCUCUGCUUAAAGACAAGACGAUAAGCAAGGAGGAUCGAACCGAAUACGAGCGGCUAUGGGUGUUGUUUUCAAGCAGCAUGGAGCUACUGGACGUGGACAUGAAAAGGUCUUUGGAAAUUGGACAGGAUUUUCCAUUAAAGGUCCCCACAAGGCAUCUCAUUCAGACAGGGAUGAGUGGCAGCACCACCACCGUGGCCGCCAGAGCCAUGAGUGUACAGAAUAUGAAGUACGAGGCUGACAGCAACAUCGACACGGCGGAUCUGAAGGAGCUAGAAACCGAGAUCACCCAGGUUGGUCAGAUGAUGGAGGAAAUGGAGAUGAAGGUCCAAGUGGCACCCUGGGCAGUAGAAGCUAAGCAGGAGGCGGGGGCUGAGCUGAAGUCCACAGUUAGUGUUGGAAACUCCUCAGUCGGGGUCAUUUCCAUUUGCGAAGAGGAGCCCAAAGAGGUAGAUGGUGAGCCUGGCCUCAUGAAAGUUUUCGCAGGGAUAAUUUUCACUGCUAUCGUGCUCAUUGCGGGUAUCCUAGCAUAUUGUGUCAUUAACCUGUCUUGAACUGUGUCAACACGUGCGUUCCAUCUAAAGUUUGUCUCGGUGGGACCACUAGUAAAUGCAUGUGUUCCCGGAGAUCAUUUCUGAAGAAAAGGCAUGAAAAACAGCCUCCGUUACAUCUGUGUGGUCAAGAUUGCUCAAUAAUUGACUCAUGCCGGCGUUAUUCGGCCUCCAACAGGAUAAUUGUUGAAUGUCUUUGGAUUGUUUUACUAGAUGAGGCUAGAAAUACGAGACAGUGGAAGAGACAAUAAGGAAGCAUAGGAUGUAUUGCACAUACGAUAACUUUUAUGCCGAUGGUAUUGCAUUUGUAGUGUAAUUUUGUGUGUCAAAGUGAUGCCAUUAUA